GUUGCUUCUGGCAAGGAGGCCCUGGUCCUCGUUGCAGUGGUGGCGCCGGGCUCGGGCAGUUCCCGUCGUCCAUAGCGCAGCGCAUCUGCCCCUGCCGGGUCGAGCAGGCGGCGGAGGAGGGCCAGGUUACCGCCGCGGAGAUGUUCUUGACGAUCGACGCGAGUGCUAUCGCCUCGAAGCUCAGGGUUCGGGCCCCGUUGGAAGUGCCGUCGAGUUUUUCAUGGGUGCAUUCUCAGCCUUCCUUGAUCCGCCAGCACGACCUGCUGGGAACUUUUUCUGGUCGGAUGCAACGUGCAGAUCACCUUUGGCGGAACUGGCCAGACUUUUCAGAAGAAUGCUGGAUUAAUGGUCGCCUUGCACGCUGUUCUACAGCCACUUCAUUGUACAGCAUCAGACAAGGCAGUAGCAGUGGGCGCGUGGUGCCGGCAUCCAGCGGCUUUUCGUGGACGGGGAAGUUGCUGCGGUGA